AUGCUAAAUGCACGCCGACAACAAAUGCAGUUGAUGGCUGCUAAGCAACAACCAGUCACCAGCAGCAAUAGUGACACUCCUUUACGACAGCAAAUGCAGCCUCAAUCAGGGACAAUGGGGUCGAAAUAUGAUGACCUGCCCAUAAUAGAGCCCGCUGAUGUUAUCUUCAUCGGUGAAAAUCCCAAGUCGGUUGGUCUAGUUCCCGCCUUCUUCGCGCCCUUUGAAUCCGCUUGCCAGCACGGCCCCCUCUCCAUCAUUCAGUCAAUUGUCUCAUCUAACAAUCUCACGCCUGCUUUUAUUCACCACGGUCUUACACUUGCCCUACGCUCUGGCAAUAUUGAGGUCGCUCGUUAUCUUCUCGAUAGUGGCGCACCAAUUGUUCGCGAAACUCCAAGCAAUAUCUUCUUUGUAACUUUGGAACGACAAAUUGCCCUCUUUGAGCUCUUUACCCAGCAUGGGUGGAAUCCCAACACCCCAGGUUACUAUGGUGGUAUCCUGCUCCCUCGGACUGUCAAGAGCCUCCCUCUUCUUCGCUGGUUCCUCGACCAUGGAGCCAAUCCCAACCUUGGUGCGCAGAAAACGACCCAUGACAGGCGUGGUGGGCCAGAUACUUCCUCGUGUGCUGCACUCGAGGCAGCUGCGGUCCAUGGAGGGGUCGAGGCUGUUUGUAUGAUUCUAGAUGCGGGUGCGAAGAUUCAAAACGGUGUACCACUACACUACGCCGCCGGGGCUUGUCCUCCCGGUACGAAUCCACAUUCUGGGCGGGUGGUACCGAGCCGGGAAUUUGAUAUCAGCAGGAUUCCAGUAAUGGCACUACUGGUUGAUCGUGGGGCUGAUGUUAAUCAGAAGGAAGAGUCAAGACACAUGGUCGCGCAGUACGCGAUUGUGUAUGCGGUGAUGGCCGGAGCAGUUGAGCGGGUCAAGUGGUUGUUAGAGCAUGGGGCAGAUCCAUAUAUAAGAGGGAACUGGGGUAGUGCAGCUGAAUAUGCACAUACCUCGGGGAAUGAAGAGAUAACAAAUGUUAUUGAGGAAUUUACUAAGGGAAAAGCUUGA